AUGUUGCAAACGCCUGUUGGCCUGGCUCUGUUCGAAACCUUCUGCCCUAGUCGCAAGAAAACUGGAUCACCUCAAAAGAAACUUGAAUUUAUUAUUAAGGCCAGCACACGAACGAACGCUAGCGAAGUGAGCCAAGCCAUCGAGGUCGAUCUUGUCGCCGCUCAGACCACAAAGCUUAAAAAGCACCGAAAGAGCGGAACAGAACAUCGACGAGAACGAGGUUUCGAACCAAUUUGGACCACAACUUUUAGUAGCAUUCUUCCCAACCUCAACGGCUCUUUACUAACUUUACCACCGCUUACGACAUCCGCACAACGUUGCUACGGGGAUGAUGAAGAUAGAUACAUCCGUCGACGAGAAGUUGACGUAGCUUCAUUUAAAAAGGAAUCGAAACCGUGGCGUGGCUCCUCCGGUUUUGGCAUUGCGAAUAUUCUCAACCGUAACACUUCUAGCAUUCCUCGCAGCACCAUGCCCGCUAUCAGUCUACCGUCUUUUCACAGCUUUGGGAAGCCGCUGAUUGCGAAGCCAGAGAGGCACAUGGCCUUGUAUAAUAAUUACGAGGAAGAGAAUCAACAAAUCUCUAUACGCCAGCAACAUCAACACGGUAGCGCUGACUCUUCUCCAGCUCGGCAGUCGUCGCCCACUUUGCGCCACAUUGUCGUGGCACCUGCAGAUGAAGACGAGGCAGACCAGGAGAUGGAUAGCACGGCCGCUGAUACCCAUGGCGGUAUCGCCACUCAAUCAAUUCGUGGCGGCCGUUGGACGGUAGAUGAGCAUGAACGUUUUCUUGAGGGAUUUCGUAUUCACGGGCACAAGUGGAAGCGCGUGCAGCAUGUGGUACGCACAAGAUCGGUGACCCAAGUUCGCACACACGCCCAAAAGUAUUUGUUGAAAGUGGCCAAGCUUAAAGCGGAAAAGAAGCAAUGUGGCAAGAGUGUCGACAUGACCACUUUGUCUGCCGAGCGCUCGAGCAAACCUACUACUGUAGAGUCUAUUGAUGGCGGUACUACAGAAUCGUCGUCCACACCUGAGCAAGGUGGUAGCAAUGAUAGCCCACGCAAGUGUAUACGAAAGAAAGUGCGGCGUCUGGAUCAUGGGAGCUGCGAUCCAGUGGACCAAGAGUACAUUGCCGCUGCUGCUACAACGUUGUGCUUUCUCAUGAGUCAAAAGAUUGACUCAUUGAUUGACACGAGACACGAGCUGCAGGUGGAAACCAGCAAAGAUUAUGAGCCUUAUGACUGCUACGCGCCGCAACCAGCAGAAUUGAAUGCUGAGCACGGUGGGUCCCGCAAACGGUCGUACACGCACUAUUUGACGGAUCAACAGGAUGACUUUGGGUCAUCCUUGGACACUGGUCAUGGUGAGCCUUCGUCGUACACAUUUGAAGGCAAGAAACUUUGCUCGUAA